GAUUUCCCUCUAGAGUGAAUCUCGCACAGUGCGAGAUUCUCCCUCUAGGGGGGAAUCUCGCACAAAGUGUAAAAUUUUGUGCGAGUUUGUGGAAAUGGUGUGCGAGUUUGUGGAAAUGGUGUGCGAGUUUGUGGAAAUGGUGUGCGAGUUUAUAGAACUGGUGUGCGAGUUUGUAGAACUGGUGUGCGAGUUUAUAGAACUGGUGUGCGAGUUUAUAGAACUGGUGUGCGAGUUUAUAGAACUGGUGUGCGAGUUUGUAGAAUUGGUGUGCGAGUUUAUAGAACUGGUGUGCGAGUUUGUAGAAGUGGUGUGCGAGAUUGUGGAAUUGGUGUGCGAGUUUGUGGGAGUGGUGUGUGAGUUUGUGGAAGUGGUAUGCGAGUUUGUGGAAGUGGUGUGCAAGAUUGUGGAAUUGGUGUGUGAGAUUGUGGAAGUGGUGUGUGAGUUUGUGGAAGUGGUAUGCGAUUUUGUGGAAGUGGUGUGCGCGAUUGUGGAAUUGGUGUGCGAGUUUGUGGGAGUGGUGUGUGAGUUUGUGGAAUUGGUGUGCGAGAUUGUGGAAGUGGUGUGCGAGUUUUUAAAAGUGGUGUGCGAGUUUGUGGAAGUGAUGUGCGAGUUUGUGGAAAUGGUGUGCGAGUUUGUGGAAGUGGUGUCCGAGAUUGUGGAAUUGGUGUGCGAGUCACAGAAAUCACUUUCAUAUCACUGUGAGAGUUGCACAAUCGUCCGAAUGUAUUGUGCAUCGAAGUGGAAGGUUGCACAAUCGUUCGAAUGUAUUGUGCAUCGAAGUGGAAGCUGUCAGAGUCUGUGGGACUAG